CAAAAUUGACGUCACAGGCUCACAGCCGGCGCCAAACUCCCGGCGCAAGAGGCGAGCAAAUCCUUGGGAGGCUAGGCUUGGCUCAGCGAACAUCUGUUGAUAAAUAAACAUUAAAAGUCGUGUCUGCGACUGUGAAAUUGAGACAAGGAAAUAUCUUCAGUCAUUCCGACAACAACCUCAAACAAAUCUAUCCAACCAAAUUUGACAUCGCACACCUUCCAAAACCUACACCAUAAUAUAACGAAACAACAACAAAAAGUUAUUAUUACUGUUUAAUUUCAACUCAAAAUCAAACAAAAUGGCCCGCACUUCGUCUACGUCCGAUGUCCUUCUCUACCUCCUCGCCAUCCUCCUCCCACCCGUCCCUGUAUUUCUCUGCCGGGGUUGCGGCGCGGAUUUCUUGAUCAACAUCGGUCUCAGUAUCCUCGGCUGGAUUCCUGGAACUAUCCACGCUUGGUGGAUCAUCUCGAAACAGGAUCCUGCUGCGCACACGAAGCGCUACUAAGGAAAGCCACGCAGUUACGUGGAUGUGACGGAAGACUUUCCUCUCUCUUGGCGUUCUCUUUUCUCUGUAAAGCAUUUUGCUUCAAUGGCUUUAAAUACCUAAUCACGCGAGAUACCUCAAUACCUCUACAGUAAUACGAUAC